CAAAUGGAGUCUUUAAGACGAGAAAAUGCGAGACAAAUCGAGUCCUUAAAACGAGAGAAUGCGAGAAUUAAGGUUAAUUAAGAAACAUUCAAGAAGAAUUUUACGAGAUGUUUAAUAUCCUGAUGAAAAAUGAAACCGACAUCCACGAAGAUUUGAAGAAAAGUAUACUGCAAACCAUCAAGUCUGAGUUAAACCUAUAUAAAGAUUGCAAGGACCUCUAUAAUAAUAUUAAUACAGAAUCUGGUGUGUAUGAGAUCUAUCCAUUUGGUAUUGAAAACAAGGUCAGCGUCUUCUGUGACAUGGUGACAGAAGGUGGAGGGUGGACAGCUAUACAGAAACGUGUCAGUGGUGUAGUGUCAUUCGACAGAAACUGGACGGACUACAAAACGGGAUUCGGGAAUCCUAACGACUCCUACUGGAUUGGAAAUGACGUUAUACAUCAACUUACUAAGAGAAGUAACACCUCCCUCUACGUAUGUAUCACACUGACUAAUGGGACAAGGCUCUAUGAAUUAUACAACCAGUUCUCUGUUGCUGACGAAACCAGCAAAUACAGACUUUUUCUUGGCGGACCAGCUACCGGGACCCUAGGUAGGUAAACUGAAAAAAGAAUGUACGAAU